AGUCGUGCGUGGUCCAUCUCGAGAAUCGCGCAUAUUUCGAGUUAUCUCGCAACGCAUUAUCCGAGAGACAAGUCUCUCAGCGCGAAUUAAGAUUGUAUUUUGCCUCUUCGAUCGCAGCAUCCAUUUACGGCCAUCUAGCUCGUCCAUGAAGCGAUCACGCAGAUAUCGAAAGAACGAAAGAGCUCGGAUCGAUUAAUUGCAUCCGUUGCAAUUUUUUUCUUUUCGUUUAAAAUGAAUUUAUUUUUCGUUAACGAUAUUAAAAUGUCCGCCAUAAUUUCAUCAAAGAUCGCGUGACAUUUUUUGGCUUAUUAAAGCUGCUUCUUGAUAUUAAGAGUGUCAAAAUUUUAUGUCGACGUUUCGGAUUGGAGAGAGAGAUAGAUAGAUUUUAAUCCUAAAUCCCUCGUUACAUGUGACGAUCGAUUUGCUUUUUAACAAGCAAGGAUUGGGGGUACUAUGAUUAUGUACGAACUUGCAGAAAUGUUUUUUGACGCGACGAUAGAUAAUCGUAAGGAUUUUUUUAAGUAUCCGUCUUGUGAGGGAUUUAGAAAGGAGUGAUAUUUAAACUGUGCGAAGCGAGAUAUCGCAAUAAUCAUGGCGACCACGGAGGUCUUCCAGGAUUGGGAUUCUCCUUAUGAGAAUCUCAGCACGAUGAGGACCACUACUAAGACUACCAGAAAAACUACAACCACUACAACAACCACUAAACGAGAGACUUCCUCGUCAACCAAAACAACCACCAUGACGACAGCAGCCAAGCUAUAUGGCAAGGAUCUAAGCGAGUAUGAUGACAUUGAUGUGGAUCAAUUGUUGGCUGAGCUCACACCGGAGGAACUAAAUAUGCUGGCCAAGGAAGUGGACCCUGAUGAUAGCUUUAUGCCACCUUCGCAGCGUUGCAGUUAUGAAUGUAACAAGAGUCCUACAGGGCCGCUGAAUCGAAAGAAACUCAUUGAACAUAUCAACAAGCAAGCUUUAGAAACACCUGAUAUUCCAGAGUUGAAACCAUAUGUACCUGGUGUAGUUAGAGGAAAAAAAUGGAUACCUCCACCACAAGAAACCAUAAAAGAAAAGGAAGCAGAUGAACAGAUUGCGAUAGAUCUUGGGGAGGAAUACGAACAAGCGCUUUCAGCCGCUACCCAAGAAGAAAUCAUUGAUCUUGCUGCUAUUCUUGGUUUCCAUUCCAUGAUGAAUCAAGAUCAGUAUCACGCAUCUCUAUUGAAUUCUGGACAACCGGUCGGACUCGGCUGGGAUGGAGUAACGAAAGCUAGUCAACCGAAAGUUUAUCCUAUGGAACCGCCCAAUGAUACGGACGUCGACGCCACUAUUAAACAAGUGCGGGACGAUGACUCCACUCUGACUGACUUAAACUGGAACAAUAUUAAAAAUAUUUCGGACGAAAAAUUCGUACAAUUGUUUGAAGGAUUAGAAAUGAACACACAUCUUGAAUCACUAAGUUUAACUAAUGUUGGACUCAACGAUAAAACUGCACAACGGCUGGCCGAUGCUUUAGAGAAGAAUUCGACACUCAAAGUACUCAACGUGGAGACAAAUUUCAUAAGCCCACCUGUGAUAGUAAGGCUGAUCAGAUCUCUUCUUAAGACAAAAUCCAUUGAAGAAUUUCGAUGUUCCAAUCAGAGAUCGCAAGUACUAGGUAACAAGAUCGAAAUGGAAAUCACACAAUUGGUAGAACAAAAUCCAACGUUGCUGCGACUUGGAUUACAUCUGGAGUUCAAUGAUGCUAGACAUCGCGUGGCUGCACAUUUGCAACGCAACAUUGAUAGGAUCCGUCGUGUGGAGGCUCAAGCUAAGUUUCUAGCGAUUUCUACUGGCCCUUCAACUUUCAAGGUUGUUCCCGCAGAUGACUUAAAAAAUAGAGCGUAGCGCUAUUGCAGCGCAAUCGCCUGCGCCGCAUGGGAAGAGCUUCCCGCAAUUAUACCAUCGGCUGGGCCAUACAUUGAUGAUGAUCGCCACGAUGAUGGCAACGACGAUGACGAAGACGAUAAUACGCCGAUGAUCGCGCGUGAGUUUCUCGCUGCGUCUCGAAGCACCGUAAAAUGGUCUGUACACGUACAUAUAUGGUAUCAUACCACCCGCAGUGGAUCUUUAGAUUCCUUCGGGAAUCUUCGUAUGCUUUGAAUCCUUUGGAUCUUGAAAUUAACGCGAACGUUAUUCGAAACGAGAUGCUCGAUUACGGAGGAGAAAUCAGAAGCUUCGCAUAAUGCGAUAAAUUAAUUUAUGCGCGUGAAUGUCUUUCGUCUUUGUUGCUCUAAAAAAAAAAAUACAUAUAAAUUUAUAUAAAUAUGUAGACCUGCACUAAAACUAUGUCGCGCGAAAGAUACUCUAAUGACGAUGUAAAACAAAUUUAAAUCGUUAUAUGGAUGUGACAUGUGACACACAUACACACGGUAUUGUUGAUUUAUAUAAUAUAUAAUAAGACGAAUAUAUAUUGUCUUGUAACUGUUAAGUCAUUGAAGAUGACUCGCGGUGGAAAAUGAUGCGAAGGGAGCCGGGAUAACUUUUUUAUCGUAAUGCGCACCAAGAUUUCCGUUCAUCGCUUUAACGUGGCUAUCUAACUGGAUUAUUUAAAUAUUUAUACACGAAAGAAAAGUUCUCUUUUAAUUAAUUCGACCAAACUUUUGCUCGAGUGCAUCGCUGAACGAUCGGGUACAAACUAUAUUCUGUGUUCAUCUUUUUUUUUUUUUUUUUUUUUUUUUUAAGAGAAUCUUAUUAUUUCACGUUCUAUCUCGUUGUUACUAGCUACUGCCUGGUCAUUGUAAAACGAUUCAUCGUCUUUUAUGCUUUAGAAAGCAAAUAAUUAUUCAAUUAAUAGUUCAAUUAAUAGUUUUAAUACGUCACUAUGUAAUUGAAAUGUAUCUAUGUAUCGAAAAAUUUAUAAAUAUAAGAAAUUAGGAUUUUUUUUCUCCAAAAAUUAAUCGAAUCGAUAUAAUUUUUAAUGUAGAAUGAUUAUUUCUCUAAUUGUUUUCACAUUGCAUUAUUUAAGUACCAAUUGUUGUAUUUUAAUCAACUUUGUGCACAAUGUGUAAACAUCAUGACAAUGCAUUGAAAUAGAUUAAUUAGCUGCGAACACACGCGCAAAUUUUUCAUUAAAAAUAAAUAUCGAACGCGAUACCACCGACCCGAUCGUUCCGCUCGGUAUAAUAAUGUCACUGUAAUAUUCGCUAUAAGGUACUAACUCGUUGUUUAAAUUAAUGAUUAAUUUAGUUAUACAUAUAUAUGUAAUCAAUCUGUACAUAUUGUCUUCAAUGUCGUUUCUAAUCGAUCGAUGUAACCUACGUGUUAUAACGAAAGAGGGAAUGGAUUAUUAUCGCGUAAGAGAGAGGGUGGCAUAGUUGUCUCUGUGUAUGCAUGUCCGUGUGGAUGAGAGGGAGAAAAAGGAAUCGGGAGUGCGUGAGUGACGAUAAUUAUACGGUUUUACCAAGAUAGAUCACGCGCCGAUUGGCAUAUCGCUGUAUACUUGAGCUUGUUAAAUGCAUGGAAGUACGCGGAUCAAAAAUACUUUUGCACUGUACUUGUUCGUUUAUGAGUAGAAUUGUAGAAAAUGUAUCGUACAGAUGUAAAAUAUAUUAAUUUGACGUAUUAAAUUCUUAUGUAAUCUACAAAUCUCUCUCGAGUAUUUUUGCAUUUUUUGGACGUUACGAAUUUUUACGGAUCUAUCGGUUCUCUUCGGAUUCUUUUUAAAGCCGCGCCUAAAAAGAUUUUUAAACAUUUUUCAAUAAAUGACGUGCAAAGUUCUCUUUUGAAAAGCGUAGGUGGACUCGUGUAGUUGACAAGGGUAAGAGAAAUCGAUAACGAAAUAGUAUUGUAAUCAUAUUUGUCUCGCUCGCCUUCCGAAUGCAUUCUUGAUUGUUGUAAACACAUUCGCGUAUCUAUUUACUCUGUCACACGGAACACUCAUUACAUUACGUACACAACAUACCGAAACUCAAAUGCACGCGCACGAUCAAAGCCUUGUUGCUAAGCCUUAUCUUGUAACACGAGGUUUAAAUAAACUGCUGAGAAAAAGACA